GAAGGGGAAACAGAGGAACUGAAUUCUCCUGAACACCGGAAAGGAUGCAAUGAUCGUGGCUAGUUGGCAAGCAAGCUCGCGACUGUUUCUAAGAAGCAGUUUAAUAUAUGAGCAAACCGAACCUUUUUACCAGCUUUUAUAUUUUCACCGUUCAUUUUAUUGGUAUCUCUUUAUAGGCAAUAAUUUGUGGUGAUAGAGGAAAUAGGUUUUGUAACGCAUCGAGCUUACCAGUCGAUCACAAUGUCGACCCGUAUCGCAUUCCAAACCCAGCUAGCCUCAAUCAUGGAGGUCUUGGCGAACGCCGCCGUGGCAGAGAUCUGCAAGCUGGUGGACGACGAUUACGCGGUCGUAAGUUUGCAGAUGUCCCAAUGCCAAAGGGAAAACAAAGCUCUCAAGAGAAAAUUGCAUUUACUGGAGUUGAAGAUGGCCCGAGGAAGCGCCGAGAGGAGGCUGCGCGAAAGCGCCCUGAAUAGCCGUCCCAACAGCAGGUCCCACUUCAACAUCACCGAUAAAUAUCGUGGAUUGUCGACAUCCACUGGCAGCGUUUUUGACAGACAGAUGAACAUGGGGUUGUGGCCGGACGGGUCCUCAACUAGCAGUCCAAUCAGCAACCCGAUGCAUUCUGAACCUAUCCGAGACGAGACAGUAGUUGUGCAGCUGAUGGAACCAGACACUCUAAUGGUGAAGGAAGAGAGGAUGGACGACCCAGACCAAGUACAGCUCAUCGGAGAGGAUGGAGUGGUGGAGUGUGGCCCUCGUGGUGGAACCCGACCCAGCCCCCAGGACUCCUUGUCAGUCUCCAUCCAGACCUCAGACCCCCUCCCCCAGCCCCAGCAGUCCCACCCAGCGCCCCGGAGCCGGAGCCAGGCCAGCCACAGAGACAGAGGACUGGAGCCUGCAGGUGUGGAGGUGGGGGAGGAGCCGGAUGUGCUACUGGUGAAGGUGGAGGAUCUGGAGGAGGGGCUACGGUCUCCAGGCCUGGGAGUCUGCAGCAGCAAACAGGGAUUGGUGGAAUCCAGCAAGGAUGACUACCAAGGAGCAAUACCAUUGGAUGACAGCCUGGCUCUGGCCAGUCAGCUUGGAGAACCUCAAGGGACCAGGCAAGGCUUGUCAGAGCCUCUACUUCCAGAAGGGACCGCUCUGAAGGUGGAAGAUGAGAAGACAGUGACUUCUGAGAGGGGAACUGGAGGAAUCUCCACCACCCUGCCGCCUCCUACUGCUCCAAGCAGCAGUACUGAAGCUCUCCACAGGGCGGCACCAGACAGCACGCCAGCCAAUCAGAAGUACAGCAGCUCCCCAAACCCAGAGUUCUCCCUGUUUGAGCUGGACACCUUCUUCACAAGCUGGGCCCCAGACUCAGGAACCUCCUCGUCACCCCCUGGUGGGCCCUCCUGCUCCUACACCGAGGAUUCAGCUGACACUGACGCAGACAGCGUCAUAGUGGUUUCUGAGACCCGUCCCCAGGACCAGCCCCGGCUUCGCUCCCGCUUCUCCUCUGGGGCCGUGAGAUCAGGAGGCAGACAGGCAGCCGGUCUGGAAGCAUCUCCCUCAGGUCGUCUUGGAGCUCAGUGGUCGGGGGCCGGCCACGUCGGCGCCAACGUCCUGGGUCACUCUCCCUGGAGCAGAGCGGCCAUGAUGAGAGCCGAGGAGACUCAACUGCAACAGCGUCGUCAUAACAACAGGGUACGGGUGGCGCAGCCCCACGGUGCCCCACCCACCAGGGGGGCUGCCGGUGUAGAGCCAUUACUCCCCCAGGUGGGGGUCCAGGUCAGGGGGGCAACGACGGCAACGUCUGUUAACGGUUUGGCUAACAUGGAGGCCGCGUUCGCUGCCCAACGAGCUACGUUCACCUCCCAGCAUCACCUGGCCGGUAACCUCGCGGGCGCGGCGGUGACCGGGGAUGGGAGGAGGCGGAGCUUCGUGUGCCGCGCGUGCGGGAAGGCGUUCACCGGCCUGUCGAACCUCGAGGCUCACCAGCGCGUCCACACGGGAGAGAAGCCGUUCCGCUGUGCCACCUGCGGGAAGAUGUUCUCCGAGGCGGGGAACCUGAAGAAGCACCAGAGGGUCCACACGGGGGAGAAGCCCUUCAGCUGCUCAGGGUGUGGGAAACGCUUUGCCUGGACCUGCAACCUCCGCACCCACCAGCAGUCGUCAGCCUGUGGAGGAGCAGGAGAUGGAGCAGGAGGGAUGGAGUAAGACACAUUUGAUUCAGAACUUUCAGCCUUGGUAUUCACUGUUGAGUUCCAAUGCUAUAAACUUUCCAUAACUGGACACCGAUAUGCAAUGCAACUCCAAAUAUAACUGCGAAAACUUAUAGAUAAUAAAAAGUUAUUUUGUUUAUACUCAUUCAUGUUUUUAAACAUGCUAACCCAUGUAGCUUAAUAAAUGUGCAUGCUCUGGUAGGUAUUCGAGCAAGCUCUUUUGUCUAAGGUCAAAAGAGUUGACUUGACUGGAUAUUGGUUUGAUCCUGGGAAUUAAUGCAAACAUUAUUUGCAGUGGAAAUAUGCUUUAUGAACAUGCUUAAAAGGCUCUUUGUGAAGUGGCUAUGAUCACUCAACAUGAUAAUUUAACUGCUGUAUUAGCCUGUAGGUCUCUUUCUGAUAAUGACGAGAAUUUUUAUUGCCACAAUUGUCAGCAAAGACAUGCCCGGCUAGCUCAGUCGGUAGAGCAUGAGACUCUUAAUCUCAGGGUCGUGGGUUCGAGCCCCACGUUGGGCGACGUUUUUUUUAUCGAGAUAUCUUAAAAUUGCUGAAUAGAUUCAGAAAGUUUACACAAACGAUUAAUAUACAAUGGCAGGAAAGGUGCGUAUGAUGAACAUAACAAUC